CACACAUCAUGGUUGGAGGAGUUCAACGUUUUCAACGAUACCCAGCGGCCUCUGAGUCGGUGUCCGUCUCUUCUUGUCUCACCAUGCAAACCACGUCCACAACAAGUCAGGACCUGGUGCGAAAGCUGACGCGAGCGGCCGAAAGCUGCGAGCUGCGGCUCAGCCUCCUUGAGCUCAACGAGGCCGUGAGGCGGAAGUACUCGUACAACUUUGCAACAGAAGCCAAGGAGCCCCAACCGACGGAGGACGCGCCCCAAGCGGCGAAGGAGAAGGAGACUCCCAUGAAGGCGGAGCCCCUGUGGCCCUGGGACGAUCCUCAACGCUGGGCGGAAGAGAGCGAGCGCCUGUACAAGAUCAGAGAGGGACUGCGGAUCUUCCAGCAGAAGCAGGAGAUCUACCAGCACAAGAUCAUCGCCGAGGAAGAGAUCCGACGCCAGGAGAAGGAGCGGGCCGAGAAGCGUGGACGUGUCCUGGCGCAGCGGGAGCAGCGCAUCAUCGAGCCGGGAGCAGCCCCGAUGGCAGGAGCAGUGCGAGAGCAGCCCCGAUGGCGGGAGCAGUGCGAGAGUUUCGGUGCGGGCUUCGCCAACGCACUAUAUGACGCGGUGGUGGUUGGACCGCAAGAGCUGGUCCUUCUCGGCAUCGGACUGCUGCAGAGGCCCCACAACGAGAAGGGCAACAACAAGUACGAGACACAGUGGAGCACCGAGACCACCACGAUCGACGAGCAUGGCGGCUGUGGAUGGGUUUCUGAGCGCCACGGCGAGGAGGACCAAUGCCGCACGACGGCAGGGGGAUUUGGAUCCGGACGUGUGGCCAUGGAGGUCAACGGUUCCCAAAGUGAGACACCAACGAUGUGUCUCCAUCCCUUCCUUACCAAUACACCUCUGAAUCAUGUUUUGAUUGUGUCUGUGCUGAUUGAAUGCAGAGUUUGGACGGGGGAGGCAAGGGACUGCCGACAGAAGCGCGGCAUUUCCAUCUGACAAGGGUAAGUGAGUGAGGCAGCUGAGACGCCGUGUCUCCAUCCCCUUCCCCUCCCUCUACACGCCUCACUUAUCUCUUGGGCGUGUUGGCUGGCUGCAGAGGCCUCCGCUGCUACAGAGGGCCGCCGCAGGUGGACGUUCCCAGUCGCCCACACCGAAGGCCGCCAUUAUCCCCAGCACAUGACAUUCAACGCCGCUGAUUGACGAGGACUGGGAGUCGUGCAACACGUGCAUCGAUCCCACGCACGAGCGGCUGGGUCACUGCUGGUCCGUGAAGUGGUGACUCUCACUGGUGAGUGCAACGUGUAGAUGGCUGGCUGUGUGUGAGCGACGUGAUCAACCGGCGUAUCGUCAUCCACGAGAGAAAGACCAGUCGGACUCGAAAGAGAACAAUGGUGACUCUCACUAACGCUUCUACGCC